UUUUUGACGGCAUAUUUGCAUAUCAUCGUUUGCACAUUGGAUUACGCUAGUGUUUCAGCUCAAGUUCAAGUUGGGAACGUUUUGCCACUGGGUGAGUUGCCCGAAGGUACGACUGUUUGCAAUUUGGAGGAGAAGACUGGCGAUCGUGGACGACUUGCUCGAACAUCAGGAAAUUACGCCACUGUUAUUGCACACAAUCCAGAAACGAAGAAGACUCGUAUUCGUUUGCCGUCGGGUGCCAAGAAGGUAGUACAAUCAUCUAACCGCGCUAUGAUUGGUAAUAUUCAUAAUUUUAAAACAGAAUUGGACGCAUUAUUGUUAGAUAGCGGCCUAGAAUAG